CACAGCAGUUCGCGUGAAGGCGUCGGCGAGAAGGGAAAGAGAGAAUGCGAACAAAAUGGAUUCUACAGUAAAUAGAUUAAAAAGUGAACUGAGGAUCCCAAUGCAUUCUGAAAGAGAGGCAGAGAUUGCAUACAACAGUCUAUCUGUGGAUAAGGAACCAAGGCCCAAAGAGAUCACAAAGAACCUUAGAGUAGAUGGAGCUACACUGAUUGUAAAUUUUAGUGCAACUCAAGCACGAUUGAUGAGGGUUGCAGUUGGUUCUUUCAUGGAUUUCCUUCUCCUAGUUACCCAAACAAUGGAAGAGUUUGGUCCACCAGUAUCAAAAGAUCCAGUCAUUACAUGAUAUAAAUAGAGACUUCAUUAUGACUGUUUACAACAGUGUGUUUAUUCAUUUAUAAUACACAAAGACACUCAGAUAUGAUGCAUAUUUAGCCAUCAAUUAUGUCUGCAAGAUUGUGCAAGUGCUGACUGCUGUCAUGUUGGAACACUAUGAAGAUACUCUAGAGAUUCCAAAUUUGAUAUUUGCCAUUCUUCCCAGCUAUUGAAGGCAAUUAUUAGCUUUGUCUUGGAUUCUAAGUCAAAAUUACCUUUCCAUCUACUGUUGAAAUCAUAAUUCAUUAUAAGUUCACCCUAUACUGAACAUUAACCUGCCAUGACUCUGGUCACAUAUCAGCAAAGACGACGCCAAACCAAGAAAAAUCCCAACAUAGUCUACAAUGAUGGUUUCAUUGCAUACCAUUAUGUUGGUGGAAGCAUCAUGGUCUAGUUGUUUUUGACCAUCACCUCCAAUUAGAGGGCAAUCGGUUUGAAUCUUACCUAUGAUAGGCUGAAAAUCUGCUUUUGCUUCUUUCAACCCUGAGGGUAGUUUACAGAGAAUUAAGUAUGACUUGAUAAAUAUUGACUGUCCUUAUUUUAUGUUGGUUUUCAUGCCAUAUAAUUGGUAAGACCAUGCUCAUGGCAUGGGACGCGUUCCAAAGCAUUAAGGAUGAAUGUGAUUAGAUUUACCUGUUAUCGUAUGUGUCAGACCUUUCAUUACUGUAAACCUUUUAGAUAAACCUUUAGUUAAAAUGUAUGUGCAAUUUUACGCUAUUCCCUGCAUACCUGACAUGGUAGCAACAUAAUUACAACAAA